ACAGAGAACCUCCGUCCUCUCGUCAUCCGAGACUCGCUCAGGUCUUCCUUUCUCACCGGUCGCGUCCCCAUCUUCCGUCUCGUGAGCCAGUUGAAUCCUUUCAUCGGCUUCUGACGCCUGGCCCUAUAAUCGCUUGUACACCUGGUUAUUAAUCACUCCUUGGCUUUUUGUCGCCUAUUCUAUCAAGGCACAUCUCUGCGUGUGCCUUCUUGUAUUCUGCAGGUACUGGGUUUCACCGUGGACACUGCCUCCAAAAGCCAAGCUAACACCGCUUUCUGCAGGGAGUCCGGACUUUCGCCCCGUUCGUUGCCUACCUAUUAACCCCUCCGUUUCCCGGUGUCGGUUAUUCACUUCGGUCCUCCAUCCUAUCCUCGACCUUGUAAUAUUUAAAUACGCCGAAGGAUCCUUUGUGGUCGACCACAUCGCGUCUCCAAUCGCUAAAUCGUUAGCACCGUUUCGUUUCGUCAAUUGCACAUACUGUUUUAUACUCCUUUAUAGCUACGAGUAUGGACACUGGCGGUCUUGCUCAAAUGACCUACAACUCCUCUUUCAAUAAUGGCAGUGCCCUCGGGGUGCCUGGAGCCAGCUUUGGUUCUCGCAGGAAAGGCUCCCAUAUCAAGCGUUUGAGCGUGCCUCCACCGCACAUCUCGACCAUCGAUGAGUCUCAGCCAUCUGCACCGAUCCCGACUCCGCGCACCAGCCGUUCGCACCUGCUUGCUGGUUUAAGGACGGCUCCCAAGUCAGCCACAAUGCCCUCGGCUUCUCAGCGCCAGCAGCACCUUGGCUUGGAGGGUGAUAGAUAUGGCAAUCUCUCGAACCGAACUGCAGAUCGCAUUCCUCAAACCGCCAUGGGAACCGGAUUCCCUCGUCAUUCAUUAGCCGUCAAUCAGGGUCUGGACAUGAACACGGGGCGCCCCAUGUACACUCUGCCGGAGCAGGUGCUCGCACCUCCGGCUCUUGACAUCGCUGGCGAUACGCAGAUCGACGAGAGCCUGUACGCGGAGCUGAUGUCGACCAACCUCUUCUUGGCUGCCCAGCAACAGCGCUUACAACAGCAGCUGAUCAGCGUCACCGCGGCCGCUCAGCAGUUUCAGGGUCUUAAUCUGGGAACCCCUAUGGUCCAGCAGCAGCAACAGGAUUACCCUUCUCUGUCCCUCCCCGGUAUGGGAUUUUACCAGCAGCAGCUUCAGCAAGGCGUGCAGCCUGUGGUGCAGCCUGUUCCUGGCCAGCCGGGCCUCUACUCGGUUUACAACCCCUUGACUGGGCAGCAAAACUAUAUUUAUGACAAUACCUUCCAACAGGACAGUACGCCACAGUACCAGGAAGAGGAGACCCAGUCCCCCUCAGUUCAGGUACCUACCUUCAGAGCUGAGGUGUCACCGCCGCCUGAAAACCGCCAAUCUCCUGUGAAUGUUUCUCAGCCUGUGUCUCCUCCCAGCGGCCGUUCCUCCCCGCAAGAAACUGCUCCUCUGCCUCCUCCCUCGGCGAAUGCUUUCCGCAGGGGACACAAGAAGAGCUCAUCCUUCAACCCUGCGCUCAAGAUGCCACUUGACACGGCCAAGGCCAAUACUGCCAUCACUCCCGCAGCUCCCAAGACUGCGGCGUUGCCUCAGACCCCAGCUACUGGAACCUUUGGGCCCGGACAGGCUCGUGCGGGCGAGCACCCGAUCCGCCAACCCCGUGGACCACCUUCCCUUGAGGAGCUUACAGCCAAGCCAACAUCGAAGCACGAGGGAAGCAAGAACUUUGCAACCCGUCAGCGUCGACGUGCGGUGCACAACUUGGUUCGUGCGGGCAUUGAACGACGUGGCGAAACUCGGAGCUUUGGCUGCCAUAGCAGUGGUGGCACCAAUACCCCUGCGAGCGAGAAGGAAUUCACGUUCUCCGAUGGGGAUGACGCUACGGUUCGCAGUGGUAGCCUGUCCAGCAAACCCAGCCUGGGUAGUCUGCGCGCCGCUGCGAACGGAGCCAUUGGUUCUGAGAGGAAGGAGAGGUCUUCCCGAGAACGCCGAUCCCAGGAUAGCCCGUACAACACCACUCCCAUCAGCGAAGAUGGCGGUUUCUUUGGCGGAAAGUUUGCCGAGGUUCGAGCGGAUCAGGCCUCUCCUCGAACCGGAUCACCCUCAGUGGCUGCUGUCGUCGCUGGCCAGAAGACGGUAGCUCAGGGUCAGGAAAGACGCAAGACUCCCAUGCUUGUGCUCUCCAGCGCUGAAAAGCGUAAGACCCCGAUCAUGUAAUGCCAACGUCGUACAUAAUGUGACUUUGAGACGUAACGGACGUGCAAAGCUUGGAUGAUUUGUUUUCUUUUAUUUUUGUUUUGUACUUUUUCUUGUUGGAUU